CGCUUCCUUUCUCCCCUCCGGCUAGCGCGCACACCUUGCGCUCCUCCUCUCGCAAAGCGAGCAAACAAAAGCGCACGCGUUCCCCUACGCUUCCUUUCUUUCCAUUUUUUUUUCCGCUCCCGUCCUUUUCUGCGUCUCAGUUUCGGCUCCGCUCCGCUCCUUUUGCUGCCCCAGGCCCGCAGCACGGCCUCCGGAUUCCCUCCGGCUUCUGCUCCGGCGGUCGGAUCUCGCCGCCGUGGCGAUCCGCCUUUGAGGUCAAGAAGGUGCUAGCUGAAACUCUUGAUUCAUCCCUGUUUUUCAUUGAUUGGACUGCUUCUGUACUGUUCAUUGCCAGCACAUUGUAGAAAUUGAUGGUACUGUAUGAGGUCACAAGAAAGUUCCAUGCAUAUGCUCUCCAUCUAAUUGCCAGAAUAUGAUAAUUGAUCAGUUUGGACAACAUUCUGGCAAGUACUUAGCUGGUUAGAUACACCACAAAUUCUUUCAUAUUCAAUAUGCCGCCAUGGUGGGGUAAGUCAUCAUCAAAAGAUGUUAAGAAAACCACCAAAGAAAACAUCAUUGAUACAUUUCAUCGUUUGAUAAGUCCAAAUGAACAAAAGGGAAGCACAAAAUCGAAGCGGAAUUGUAGACGUGGCAAUAAUACAGCUGUUGAGAAAGUCUGCCAAUCUACCACAGUGUCACGCCCAACUUCACCGUCAAAAGAAGUUUCUCGCUGCCAAAGUUUUUCGGCUGAUAGGCCACAUGCCCAGCCACUUCCUAUUCCUGGAGUACGUCCUCGAGUAACGUGCACAGUUUCUGAUGUCAUUGAGUCAAAGCCCAUAUUGGAAAAGCGUGGCAAACCACCACUGCUUCUGCCACUUCCUAAACCCAGUCGGCUGCACAGAAGGCCUGGAAACAGUGAGCUUGCUUCAGAAAUAGUAAAUGCUUCUGUCUCUAGCAACUGUUCUGCUGAUAGUGAUGACCAUGGAGAUUCUCAGCUUCAGAGCCCUGUUGGAAAUGAUGCUGAAAAUGCAACAAAGGUUGCUUUGAAGAGCAAGUCAAGUAAUGCUUGCAAAGAGCGCCCUGGCACCAUUACUAUGAAGACCACGAAGGAAAUGCCAAAGCCAGCUAAUGCAUUCCUCGGUAACCAUACACUGUCCACAUCACCAAGAAGCACUGCAGCUGACAGCUACCAACCAAACUUACAAAAUCUCCAGCCAGUAGUUUUUGAGAGUGCUCCCAAUAGCUCGAUGUCAAGUCCUUCUAGAAGUCCUAGAAGAAUAUGUCCUGAUCAUAUUCCGACUUCAGCCUUUUGGGCAGUUAAGCCUCAUACAGAUGUAACUUUCCUUGGAUCUGGUCAAUGUUCCAGUCCGGGUUCAGGGCAAACAUCUGGGCAUAAUUCAGUUGGUGGCGAUAUGCUAGCCCAGUUUUUUUGGCAGCCCAGCAGGGGUAGUCCAGAGUGUUCGCCAAUUCCUAGCCCAAGAAUGACGAGUACUGGUCCUAGUUCUAGGGUGCAUAGUGGAAGUGUUUCUCCAUUGCAUCCAAGGUCUGGAGGAAUGGCACCGGAAUCUCCAACAAGACGACUUGAUGAUGGGAAGAAGAAGCAAACCCACAAAUUGCCCCUUCCACCAUUGAGCAUCUCUAACAGUUCAUUUUUUCCAAACAACUCCACGCCAACUAGCCCUAUUUCAGUACCUCGGAGCCCUGGCAGAACAGAGAUUCCACCAAGUCCUGCCGCACGAUGGAAGAAGGGCAAGCUGCUUGGUCGCGGGACAUUUGGGCAUGUAUAUGCUGGCUUCAACAGUGAUAGUGGUGAAAUGUGUGCAAUGAAAGAGGUUACCCUAUUCUUGGAUGAUCCUAAAUCAAAGGAGAGUGCAAAGCAAUUGGGGCAGGAAAUAUUACUCUUGAGUUGCUUUCGACAUCCAAAUAUUGUACAAUACUAUGGAUCAGAAACGGUUGAUGAUAAGCUUUACAUAUACUUGGAGUAUGUGUCUGGUGGAUCCAUCCAUAAACUUCUACAAGAGUAUGGACAGUUUGGUGAACCAGCAAUACGCAGCUACACUCAGCAGAUACUUUCAGGCUUAGCUUAUUUGCAUGGCAAGAAUACGGUCCAUAGGGACAUCAAAGGUGCAAACAUACUGGUAGAUCCUAGUGGUCGUGUUAAGCUUGCAGACUUUGGAAUGGCAAAACAUAUCAAUGGGCAGCACUGUCCUUUCUCAUUUAAGGGUAGUCCAUACUGGAUGGCUCCAGAGGUUAUAAAAAAUUCUAAUGGAUGCAACCUUGCGGUUGACAUAUGGAGUUUAGGAUGCACUGUCCUGGAGAUGGCUACCUCAAAACCACCGUGGAGCCAGUAUGAAGGGAUUGCUGCAGUUUUCAAGAUUGGAAACAGCAAGGAACUUCCACCAAUACCAGAUCACCUUUCGGAGCACUGCAAGGACUUCAUUAGAAAGUGUCUGCAACGUGACCCAUAUCAACGUCCGACAGCAGUGGAGCUCUUGCAACACCCGUUCAUACAAAAAGGAAUGUCACUUGAGAAAUCUGUUGUUCCCGAUCCUUCGGAACAUUUGGCUGCCAUAUCUUGUCGACCAAAUCCCCAGGUGGCUGUGCAGACAAGAAAUACAUCCUCCUUGGGUUUGGAGGGUCAGACCAUUUACCAGAGAAGGGGUGUAAAAUUAUCUUCGAAACACAGUGAUAUCCAUAUACGGAGCAAUAUAUCCUGUCCAGUUUCUCCAUGUGGAAGUCCUCUGCUAAAGUCAAGGUCUCCCCAACACACAAGUGGCAUAAUGUCACCCUCUCCUAUUUCGAGCCCCAGAACUACUUCAGGCGCUUCCACACCCCUAUCUGGUGGUAAUGGUGCUAUUCCUUUUAACCAUCUAAGGUAUGCAACCUACAGCAGCGAGGGAUUUGGGAUCACAUCAAGAGGCCCAGAUGAUCCCUUCCCCAGCCGGCAUACAGAUCCUAUUCUUGGGCAAUUCGCUCAGGUGCAUCAAGUCUCACAGGGACCUCGAGAAAGGGUAGUAUCUGAAGCUGACAUUCUGAGCCCUCAAUUUGGAAAGAGACUUGGAAAUGUUUUUGAUUUGCGCGAAAGGCUCUCCCCUUCUGAACGUUUUACUCAUCAUGCCUUUGUGGAUCAUAUGGAGCUAAAUCCUUCGCUAGACCUGACAUCUGGCUCUCCUAACCUUGGACUCAAGCAUGGUAAAUAACUAUCGAGUGUAAAAAGCAGGGUGGCAUUUUUUUGGAGCUUGUUAGGGUAACUGGUGGUUUUGGCUGCUAUGAUCAUUCAAUAUCUGGAAGUCUGGAAUUGUAUCAUAGUAUUAGAAAGAUUGAUAAUUUCUUUAGAAGCUAAUGGUUGAUAAUGGAUGGGAUCUUUGUUGUCAUUGACGCAAUUCAAGACGUCAAAGAUUCCGUUCAUUCCUAUCAGGCAGAACAACCCGCAGAUGCAUGCUACAACUGGCGUGCUAACAAGUGGCAAAUGAUGGGACUGUAUAUUAGAUUCCCACAGACUGAAUCACUGAAAGACCCAAAGCAGUAAUUCUCCCCCUGUAUACCCCUCUUACUCCGAUAUGUAACUUAUUUUUCUAUUUUUUUUCUUGGCGUCCUGAUGCCAAUGUACAGCAGGAAUCUCAACUAAGAGCCAAGAUUUUGCACAGGAAAAGCAGUUGACCCAUUCAGCAAUCAGUACCCAUUUUCUUUUUUCUUUUUUUUCUUUUUGCGAAGACCCAUUUUCUUUUUUCUUCCUUCACAGUUACAUAUCUCAGCCGUGGUUGAAGCUGGUGCUGCAUGUCGACUCGACACUGAAAGUAUUUUGUAGUAGUACUCGACUAAUGAGCCAACUCAUUCAUGUACCAGAUACUCUCGAAAUUUAUACAAAGAAUCUGAUCCCUACUUAAA